CGCACGCAUAUAUGUUUACGUUUUAUUUAUAGUCUUAUGUGUGUCGUUAUGUCACGUGGUGUGUAUGUGAGUAAGCAAGAGUGUGACAGACAGAGCGUUCAGGUGAGAACGAACGUGGAAUUGGAAUUGUCCACUGGUCGGGUAGUUUUAUAACCCCUUUUCCACCAGGAAUUUAUGCAUGUGGGAAGCCUAGACAGCAGACUGGGCUUCACAUGAUGGGCAGGCAACAAGAGCUACUUCUGUAAGCCGGCAAGAAAAGACAUGACACCUCAUCUUUAUAAAGUCAGCACCAGGACCGACCAAACAGAUUAUAGAGUCUUCAGGGUCAAGGUCAGCUGUGUAAAGACGGCAGUCUACAGGCAGGCAUGAAGAGUACGCCAGUUGUCAUUGGAGAAAGAUAGCCUCGGAUUGGAGGAACUCUGUAUGACGUACCAGACACAGACAGGUAUCUGGGUACAUACACUUUGUUCAGAAGCAAGGUUACUUUGAGGAGAAUUGGAGUAAAUUCUCAGGUUCUUGGAACCAUACCUAUUUAGCGACAGGUACAGAGAUACUGUACACGCUGUAUGUUCGGCAUUGGACAACACUGAGACGUGGUGCUCCCCAUUUGUGAAGAGACUUUAGUUAUCUGUAGAACAUUAUCGCAUGAAAGGUAGUGAGAGUGAUCGUGAGUGUGAAUACAACUAGGUAUCUAUUAAGUUUGUGUGUGUAAAUAAAUUAGUAUAUAUGUAUUUUCUCUUUUUUCUGGUUUAUUUCUGCAUCUAUUUGCUGAAUGCUUGACUGAGGCUCGUCCUGCGUUACAAAAUUGGUGGCAGCGGUGGGUUGACCAACGUGAAGCAUUUGUGAAUAGAAUACGGAAAAUUUACCGGUCAGAGUUAUGCUAGGUUAGAUUGCUUGACAGAUAUUUCCCUUUGUCCUGUCUUUGCUGUAUCUUCUUGAGCCUGGAUGAACCUUGAGAUAUUACAAAGAUUUACAGGUAUGUAACCUAUAGGUUUGAGCCAACUGUCAUUGGUAUGACACAGAAGGACAAGGUAUGUAUAUUUCAUUCUUGUGUAGUUAAGAUUUGGUGUUUCAGUGUAUUAUUGUUGUGUUGUGCUAUAUUUAUUACAGCCAUGUCGAAACUCCAUGAUCUCAUUGGUUUGGGAAAGGAAAUGGGCUAUGAAGGAACACAGCUGCAGGAGUUCAUACGAGAGGAACAGGCUAAGGAAAGGGAGGAUCGGGAAAAAGAGAGAGAGGAAAGAAAAGCAGCAAGAGAAGCGGAAUUUGCUCUAAAGAUGGAGGCAGAGAAGAAAGCUAUGCUUGCUGAACAGGCAAAGAUAGAAGCGGAGCGAGAGUCCAGAGCGAAAAGAGAAGCAGAGGAUAAGGUGAAAUUGUUAGCAGAAGAAGCAAGAAUAGAAGCGGAGCGUGAGGUAAGAGCUGAAGAGAAGGCACAAAAGGAACAUUUACGCAAGAUGGAACUUAUCCAAGCUGGGAUGGUGACCCCAGAACAGCCAAGCCCUGCUACUUAUAGAGAGCCACCUAUGCAGAGAGGUCCUAAGUUACCGGCUUUUGAUGAAAGUAAAGAUAACAUGGACGCUUACAUACAUAGGUUUGAGAGAUACGCUACAGCGCAGCAUUGGAAGAGGGAUGACUGGGGAGCGAAUCUAAGCGGGCUAUUGAAAGGAAAGGCUUUAGACGUUUUUUCACGAUUACCAGUUCAGCAGUCUUUAGAUUUUAAGGAACUUAAGAAGGCCCUUCUAAAAAGAUUUGACCUGACUGAUGAGGGUUUUAGGAAGAAGUUUCGGACAGCAAGACCAGAAGGAGGUGAAACCUUUUCACAGUUUGCUAUCCGUAUUGACAACUACCUGCAAAGAUGGAUAGAGCUUACCAAAACGGAAAAAGCCUACGCAGGAUUCAAGGAUUUGAUACUUAGAGACCAAAUUCUCUAUUGCUGUAACCAGGAUCUGUUACUUUUCCUGAAGGAGAGAAUUCCAUCGUCCACUGAAGAGAUGGCUAGACUUGCAGACCAGUUUGUUCAAGCAAGAGGAACACGAGCCAAUGUAUUGACAUCCAAAGGACACGGACAGAAAGUAGGACACAAGACACCAUCUACUGGACCCUCUUCCUUUGGAAACACUUCCACAGAAACUUCAACUUCAGCGACCAAACCAUCCGGAGGAAGUUACAGGGACAAACAGUGUUUUUAUUGUAAGAAGUUGGGACAUAUCGAGAGAGAUUGCCGAAAGAAGAAAGCUGGAGAGAAUCGAGUAGCAUCCAUAACCCGAUCUCCACUGAGUUGCCAUGAGAGAAGUAGGAAGCACCAACAGAAAACAUCUUCAAAGACACAUGGGAGUACGGUACAGGAUGACAGCAACACACAGACGUUGAGCCUGGCCUGUAAUAUGAAAGUACCUGGAGCAGAUGUUAUGCCUGUUGUCUUUGGUCGAGUGGAAGGUAAGAUGGCGACCGUUCUCAGAGAUGCAGGAUGUGAUGGGAUAGGAGUGAAAAGAAGUCUAGUGGAUCCAGACAAGAUUUCUGACCAAGUCAAGAAUUAUUAUUUGGCAGACGGUUCUUUGAUCACAUGUCCUCUUGUUCAUUUGGAUGUUGACACACCUUACUUCAAGGGGUAUACAGAAGCCUUUGUAUUAGAUUCGCCACUUGAUGACGUGAUAAUUGGUAACGUGAAGGAAGCCCUUCCUGUGAGUCAACCAGAUCAGAAUUGGAAGAUGGUGGAGUCUGCACAAGCGGUUGAGACGAGGGCGCAAGUGUCGAAGAAACAAAGACCUUACAAAUCUCUUAAAGUUCCAGAAUGUAUCAGAGACAUUGGUAGUGUUGAGGAGCUGAAAGAAGAACAACAGAAUGAUGCGACUUUGGAAAAGUUUAGGAAGUUGGCACUGAAAGGAGAGUCCUAUGUACGAGAUGACGGGGGAAGAUCAAUAAUCUUUUACCACAAAGAUUUGAUGUACCGGGAAUUUCAAAGUCCACGAGUAGCUAAUGGAAAGGUCUUCAGACAGUUGAUAGUGCCAGAGAAGUAUCGCCAGACAGUAAUGAAACUUGCUCACGAGGCCAUCAUGUCGGGACACUUAGCAGCAAAGCGAACGUCAAGUCGAGUGCUUUCGGAAUUCUUUUGGCCAGGGAUCCAAGGUGACGUGACUCGAUUCUGCCGUUCUUGUGAUGUGUGCCAGCGCACUUUCCCGAAAGGACGAGUACCCAAGGCACCUUUAGGGAGUAUACCAUUAAUCGACACUCCGUUUAAGCGGAUAGCAGUUGACCUUGUUGGACCUCUGGAACCUGCUACGUAUAGAGGGAACAGGUAUAUACUGACGGUUGUUGACUAUGCCACUAGAUACCCAGAGGCGGUAGCGCUUAAAGGGAUUGAAAACGAAAGGGUUGCUGAGGCGCUUGUAGAGAUAUUUAGUCGUGUUGGAGUACCAAUGGAGAUGCUUACAGACCAAGGUGCACAGUUCACGUCGAAUUUGAUGAAAGAGAUAAGCAGAGUGUUGUCGAUUCGCCAAUUAACAACGACGCCCUACCACCCGCAGUGCAAUGGUCUAGUAGAGCGCUUCAAUGGCACCUUGAAGCAGAUGCUGAGGAAGAUGAGCGCAGAGAGACCCAAGGAUUGGGAUCGAUAUCUAAACUCCCUCCUGUUUGCUUAUCGAGAGGUACCACAGGAGAGUCUUGGCUUUUCACCUUUCGAAAUGCUGUAUGGCAGAGCCGUUCGAGGUCCCAUGAUGAUAUUGAAAGAGCUACUGACCAAGGAAAUACCAGAUGACGAAAUAAAGACUACCUACCAGUAUGUCAUCGACUUAAAAGAGAAGAUGGAAGAGACUUGCCAGAUCGCCAUGGAACAUUUGAAGGAUGCCAAAGUUGUACAGAGGAGACAUUUUAAUAGAAGGGCAAAGUCGAGAGAGUUAAAAGCAGGAGACAAAGUACUAGUUUUGUUACCCACAAAAGCCAACAAACUGCUUUUGCAGUGGAGGGGACCAUUUGAAGUCAUUGAGAAAGUAGGAGCAUUCGAUUAUCGGAUUAACCAAGAUGGAAAGACAAAGACGCUACACAUCAACCUUCUGAAGAAGUAUUUGGAAGCUGAGAGAAACAUCGCUGGGGAGGUUGGUGGAAUCCUUGCCUGUGUUAUGACGACAGUUAUUUCAGAGGAGCAGGACCAGGAGGAUGACAUAGAGUUUACUAGUAAACUAGAGGUUCUACCAAGUAACCGGGGAAAGGAGAACGUAGAGAAUGUGGAAAUCUCUGCAGAGUUGACGGAUCAGCAAAGAGAUGAAUCAAAGAGUCUCAUGGAUGGAUACCGGGAUGUUUUGACGGAUCUUCCAGGAAAGACAAACUUAGCUGUCCACGAGAUCAACACUUCCACAACAGAACCGGUUCAUGUUAAGCCAUACCCUUUGCCAUUCAAUACGAAGGAAACCAUCAGAGAAGAGGUAGAGAAGAUGCUUGAAAUGGAUAUAAUUGAACCGUCUAUUUCCCCAUAUUCUGCACCUGUUGUUUUGAUCAAAAAGAAGGAUGGAACAAACCGUUUCUGUAUCGAUUUCCGGAGAUUGAACCAAGUCACAAUUUUCGACGCGGAACCUAUGCCAAAUACUGAAGAAAUUUUUGCUAGAGUGUCUAGUGCCAAGUUUUUCUCCAAGCUGGAUUUAAGCAAAGGCUAUUGGCAAGUUCCACUCUCUACAGAAGCAAAACCUAUGACAGCAUUUUCAACUCCACAAGGACUAUUUCAAUUCAGAAUGAUGCCAUUUGGAUUGAUGAACGCGCCAGCAACGUUCAGUCGGUUGAUGCGAAAGCUAUUACGUGGGAUGGAGCAUAUCGAUAAUUUUAUCGACCGUAUCCUUAUCUAUACAGAUACCUGGGAGGAACACAUGGACAUUCUGCAAGAACUCUUCAAGCGUCUACGUGAGGUGGGACUUACUGCAAGACCAAGUAAAUGCGCCAUAGGAUUCGGGAGUUUACCUUGCCUAGGACACAUUGUGGGAAAUGGCAGGUUACAACUUGAGGGAUCCAAAGUAGCGGCCAUUGAAAAUGCCCCUCCACCAACCACGAAGAAACAGGUACGAUCAUUCUUAGGAUUGGCGGGAUUUUACAGACGAUUUAUCGCAAAUUUUGCCGCGAUUGCUGUUCCCUUAACAGACCUAACUAAGAAAGGGAAUCCUACUCAGGUCAAAUGGGAAACGAGUCAUGAGAUGGCUUAUACGACUCUCAAAAGGUUGCUGACGGCAAAACCUGUUUUGAAGUUACCCGAUCUGGACCAAGAGUUCAUCCUACGCACUGACGCCUCUAACACAGGGUUGGGUGCUGUUCCUCUUCAAGAAGAAAACGGACAGAAGAUGCCGGUGGCAUAUGCAAGUCGAAAGCUUCUACCGAGGGAGAAGAAUUAUGCCAUCGUAGAAAAGGAAUGUUUAGCAAUAGUGUGGGCAGUGCAAACAAUUUGAGCCAUACAUUUAUGGAAAGGAAUUUAUUCUAGAGACAGACCAUCAGCCUCUCACCUAUUUGCACCGAUCAAAGACAGCCAAUGCCAGACUGAUGCGCUGGGCACUUAUCCUGCAACCAUACCGACUCAGAAUUCGAUCCAUCAAAGGUAAAGACAAUGUGGGAGCGGACUACCUCAGCAGAAUUUAAGAACAUAUAUGGUUCGUGAUUUGGACUGAAACUGUGACCAUUUUCUUAGGGAACGGGGGGAUAAUGUCACGCACGCAUAUAUGUUUACGUUUUAUUUAUAGUCUUAUGUGUGUCGUUAUGUCACGUGGUGUGUAUGUGAGUAAGCAAGAGUGUGACAGACAGAGCGUUCAGGUGAGAACGAACGUGGAAUUGGAAUUGUCCACUGGUCGGGUAGUUUUAUAACCCCUUUUCCACCAGGAAUUUAUGCAUGUGGGAAGCCUAGACAGCAGACUGGGCUUCACAUGAUGGGCAGGCAACAAGAACUACUUCUGUAAGCCGGCAAGAAAAGACAUGACACCUCAUCUUUAUAAAGUCAGCACCAGGACCGACCAAACAGAUUAUAGAGUCUUCAGGGUCAAGGUCAGCUGUGUAAAGACGGCAGUCUACAGGCAGGCAUGAAGAGUACGCCAGUUGUCAUUGGAGAAAGAUAGCCUCGGAUUGGAGGAACUCUGUAUGACGUACCAGACACAGACAGGUAUCUGGGUACAUACACUUUGUUCAGAAGCAAGGUUACUUUGAGGAGAAUUGGAGUAAAUUCUCAGGUUCUUGGAACCAUACCUAUUUAGCGACAGGUACAGAGAUACUGUACACGCUGUAUGUUCGGCAUUGGACAACACUGAGACGUGGUGCUCCCCAUUUGUGAAGAGACUUUAGUUAUCUGUAGAACAUUAUCGCAUGAAAGGUAGUGAGAGUGAUCGUGAGUGUGAAUACAACUAGGUAUCUAUUAAGUUUGUGUGUGUAAAUAAAUUAGUAUAUAUGUAUUUUCUCUUUUUUCUGGUUUUUUUCUGCAUCUAUUUGCUGAAUGCUUGACUGAGGCUC